AUGUAUUUCUUAAAUAAUAUUGAAAUUAUUUAUUUAGAUGCCAAAAACUUUGUAUUUUCUGGUAAUGGAGAUCAAAUACUUUAAAUAACUUCUAUUUAAUCAUUGCUGCAGUUUGUAACUUUUUCAGAGAUAUCAGAUAAUAAUUCUCUGAUACAGUUAAAUCCUUUAGAAAAAGCUAGAAUUGAUAAAUCUAGAUUUGAUAAUAUAAGUUUAUCUGGAGGAAGCAUCAUAAAUUUCUUACAAGGUGAACUAAUAAUUACAAAUUCCAAUUUUACUAACGUAAAUUCUACAGCUUAUCCCUGCGCCCUUAAUGUUAUAGAAGGAGAUUUUAUAUAGAUUAAAAACUGCUAAUUUAUAAACCUUUCUAAUAAUAUGCAAUAGAAAAAUUCAUAAAACUAGUUGUUGCAUUUUUAAGGUGGAGCUAUUAAGCUUUAAAAUACAAACAUAACAAAAAUUUAACAAAGUCUUUUCAAAAAUUGCAUAUCUUAAGGACCUGCCGGCGCAAUUUAUUCUUUUUAAUCAAAAUAGCAAGCAAUUUUUGAGAUUUUUAUGACUUAAUUUAUUGAAAACUAAUCCAUUUUAGAUUCUGGUGGAGCAAUUUAUUUUUUGCAAUAAUGUGGAAUUAACAUAACUUAGAGUUAUUUUUCAAGCAACCAUGCAUUAAAAUCUUAAGGUGGUGCUAUCUAUUUUGAAUCUUCGUCUUUAAUUGCUUUUUAAAAUUCUAACUUCUCAUUAAAUUAGGCAGAUAUUGGAGGAUCUGUUUAUUAUUCCAUAACAAACUAAGAAUUUUUUAAAGAAUAAAUUCUUUAAAAAAAUCAAAUUUACUUUGAAAAAAAUAAAGCUACAUUUUAUGGUUAAAAUAUUGGCUCAAUCCCUUUUUGGAUCGGAAUUUCAAAAAAACCUAGUGCAGAUAAGCUUAAAAUAGUUUAAUAAUAUAAAGUUUAAAAUAUUUCUAGUGGUAAUUAUUUAGAUUAGCCGUUGUAUUUAAAUUUUAUAGACGAAGAAGGGAAUCCUUUUAACUUUAUAGAAUCACCAAGUUUAAAUAGCUUAAGAAAAGAAUUUUCUUUACAGUUAUAUUUUUAAAAUAAUAGCUAAAUUAUUAUUUAAUAAGGAGUAAAUGCAUAAUUAAAUCAAUCUAUAGGCUUAUUUUAAUUAAAUUUCCAGUCAAUAUACAAGGUUUCUUAAAAUCAAAAAAUCUAUAUUAUAUCAAACUAAAUACAAUAAGAUAAGUAGCUUUAUUUAGCUCUUGAAUUAUAAUACAGAGAUUGCAUUAAGGGAGAAACUAUUUAAGAAAAGGAAAAUUUCAUUUAGUGCAACCAGUGUGUUUAGGGCAGAUACUCACUAAAAAUUCCUGAUAUGUAAAAAGAUAUUAAUAGUAUACAAUGUAUUUCUUGUCCAGAUUCAGCUAAAUUUUGUUAAGGAAGUUAAAUAAUACUCAAAGAUGGUUACUGGAGAGAAAAUAACUCAUCAGAUUAAAUUUAUUAAUGUAUUUUAAACAGCUGUUCUUCUGACAACCCAAGUAGCAAAAAUGGCUGCAUUGAGGGAUUUGUAGGACCACUUUGUAAUAGUUGUGAUAGCAAAGCAAGUGUUUGGAAAUACUAGUAUGGAUUGAAAGGCUAAAACUGCUAUGUCUGUAGCGAAUGGAUAGAAUAGUAUUUGUACUUUAGUAUAUAUUUUGCUUUGUACUUUUUGUAUAUUGCUUACAGUCAUCAUAGCAUGAUAAAAAGUAAAAUAAUCAUGUAUAAACUCAUAAUAUUUAAGAAAAUAGAUCUCUUCAUCACAAGUAAAUCUAGUUCUCAAGGGAAAGAUUUUUCUCUAUGGUUUAAAAUAUUCAUUAAUUAUUUACAAAUUUUAUCUUGUGCUAUGUCAUUUAACAUCACAGUUCCAAACUUUUUAAAUGUCUCUUUAAAUUUGUUUGGAGAUCCUUUACAAUUAACAGUAACUUCAUUUGAUUGCUUAUUUAAAAUGAGUGAUAAAUAUCCAGUCUGGUUAAAUAGGAUUGUUACAUAAGUAGUUAGUAUGGUUGCUAUUUACUUUUUAAUAAAUUUAUCUCUAAUUCUAAUAUCUAUUAAGCAGCAUAAAGACCUCAAAAAAUCAUUUGCUUAAAUACCUAAUAUUGCAAAAAUGACUUUUAUUUUUAUUUACUUAUUCUAUCAGCCUUCAUUAUCUAAAAUGCUUAUUCAAGGAGUUUUUUGCACAUAAAUUGGAAGUGAUUAUUAUUUGAUAUCAGACUAUAGUCAGUAAUGCUACACACAUUACCACAAUCUAUAUACCUUUACAAUAACAAUUCCAUUAAUCACAAUUUGGUGUUUUUUAAUACCAUUGAAGAUAUUUUUUAACCUAAAAUCGUUUCAAAAACUUGAUGACCAUCAUAACCCAAAGGGUCAGAGAAUUGAGAAUCUGUUAGCUUAUGGAGUAUUAUACGACGGAUAUAAAAAUAAAUUUUUAUACUGGGAAAUUUUCAAAAUAUUCCAUAAAUUUAUUCUAAUGUCAAUAAUUAACUUAAAUAUUAAUUAACAAACUUAAGUGUCCUUAAUACUUUUGACAAUUAUUUUUUACUAUUAUAUACUUUAAAAGGCUUAGCCACAUAAAAAUAUUAAACAAUUUCAAACAGAAAAAAGACUUAUUUUCAAACUUUUAUACACAUUUGCAUUACUCUAACUAAUAAUUAGUGAUAAUUCAAAGUUAUCUAUUUACAAGAUGAUUGGACUGAUUUUCAUAAUAUACAUAAAUAUUACAACAAUUAAGCUGGCUAUCUUCAUAUUUGUUGGGUAUAUUUACAUUUAAAUAGAUGAAGCAGAUUCUUGUUCUAACAAAUUUAAGAAAUUCCUUUUCUAAAUAAAAAAUAAAUAUCCAAAGCUUUUAAAUUUCUUGAAUUUUAGAAGAACAAAAAUAAUUAGAAUCCACUAGUUAUGGAAAAAAGUGAUUAUAUCAUUUAGAUAAAACAUUUUUACCAGCAAAAAUUUUUAAAGCAAUAAAAAUUAUACUCUGCAUUAGCAAUCUGAAAACAGUAGAAUACAUCAUCCAAUAACCUAAAAGAAUCAAAAAAGUGUUUCUUAUUUGAACUCUUCGAAUAAACUUUUCAGCUCUAACACCUUAGGUGAAAAUAUUCGUUAAAACCAGCUUAUACCAGAAUCAUUAAAAUUAAUAUAAAUGUCAAAUUUUCAUGUAAUUCCAAGUCAAGACUCACCAAACAAUAUAUAAAUAUAUAACGAAGGAAAUAAAAAUGCUUCUAAAAGUUUGUUCAAAGCAUUUAGUACUCCAUAAAAUGAUUAAAGGUUUUUUGGAAGAAAAUUUUGGCUUGGGUCGGCAUACCCAGAAUCAUAUUUUUGGUAUAUUUUCAGAUUUAAAUAUCAAAAAUAUGUAGUUUAAAAACUUAUAUUAUUGGAUCUUUAUUUUUCCAACUUAAAGUUAUUAAUUGAAUUGAAUUAUAUAAAGUUAUUAAUCACUUUAUAAAACUUUAUUAUCAUAUUUACAUUUGUAAAAUAUGAUUUAAAAAAUUUGUUUUUAUUCAUAAUAUGA